UUGAUAAUUUGUUUACUCAUUGCCACUUUGGACCAUUUUCAAGCUACCAACGCCAAAAGAAAAAAUUAAUUAUCUCUUCUUUGCUAAUUACUCCAAACCUUUGACUCCUCAAGAAAGCACUAUUAUAUAUAUAGAGCUCUUAAUCUCGAUUUAUUUUGUAAAUCGUCACAAAGAAGUAUAGAAAGCAUUAGAGAUGGAUAAUCCUAGGCAAAAACUUGGGAACUUUGCAAUGGUAGCAUUACUCUUUCUAGGUUUUAUUUUCCUUUAUCAAUGGUCCUUCUCAUCUUUCUCCACCCAAUUACUUCUAUCCCACAAUAUUGAACCACUUUGCCAGCAGCAAUCAAACAUGAGCAUGAAUAUUAAUGAAGCAUAUGGAGAUGAUCUUGAAAAAGCUUUGGCCAAAGCUUCAAUGGGAAAGAACAAAAUGUUGAUAAUUGCUAUAGUAAAUAAGGCUUAUGUAGAACAAGAUGUAAAGGGUGAUGCCAUCACCAUGUUUGAUUUAUUUUUAAGUAGCUUUUGGCUUGGAGAAACAAGAUCUUUGAUUGAUAAUCUUCUCAUUGUAGCCGUCGAUCAAACUGCCUAUGAUCUAUGUCGAUUUUUGAGGUUGAAUUGCUUUAGAUUGGUAACAAAUGGUGUUGAUUUUGAAAGUGAGAAAAUCUACAUGUCUCAAGAAUUCAUUAAAAUGAUGUGGAGAAGGACUUUUUUACUUUUGGAAGUUCUAAAACGUGGUUACAACUUCAUUUUCACGGUACCUUUCCUUAGUUUUGUUCCCUCCUUGUUUUAUGUGUUAGUGUCUCUUUCUCAUGUUGAAGUGCAUGCAAUUUUUUUUAGUAGAUAUUCAUGUGUAGACUAACAAAUAAAUCAUUGUCAAAUUGAAUU